UUUAAAGCACCCGAGACCCCCUCUACAAUUUCAUCUUCUUCUUCCUCGUGUGAACGCCGCUCCACUUCCUCUGGAACCAGACGCCACCGAUCGGAGUCCGACGGCAGCUGCACCAGCAGUCGGACGCUACGCCGCCGUCGAGAGCGCUCGCGAUCGGGCUCGCCGCACGUCAGACGCACGUCCAGCUUUGGGUUCGCGCGGCCGUCGGUUUUUGCUCGGUUUAACGUGCGUUCUGGGUGCAGGUGGUCAGUCGCAUCUCCUCCUCAGCCGCCGUUUCGUGAUGUCGCCAUCGUGGAUCAUCGACGGUGCUAGCCGGUGAGUUAUAAUACUGGUUGAGCAUCAAGAUCAAGCACUUGAGGUUUUUUCUUUUGAAUGAAGAUUGAGAGCUUGAAGUGCUGAUUAAAAACCAAAGUUAUAGAUUACAAUGUCUUCACCUGGAAAGAGUGAUCAUAAGGCAACUCUUGAUGCUGCCUCAUGGAUGUUCAAUGUUGUCACAUCUGUUGGGAUAAUCAUUGUCAAUAAGGCAUUGAUGGCCACAUAUGGAUUCAGCUUUGCUACAACUUUAACUGGCCUUCAUUUUGCCACAACCUCCUUGCUGACUUUUAUUCUCAAGCAACUUGGUUAUAUCCAAGAUUCUCACUUACCAUUUCUUGACAUUCUUAAAUUUGUUAUAUUUGCAAAUUUCUCAAUCGUGGGAAUGAACAUCAGCUUAAUGUGGAAUUCUGUUGGGUUCUAUCAGAUUGCAAAGCUGAGUAUGAUCCCAGUAUCUUGUUUUCUAGAAGUUGUUUUGGAUAAGGUGCAAUACUCAAGGGACACAAAACUUAGCAUUCUGUUAGUUCUGCUUGGUGUUGGAGUUUGUACUGUCACUGAUGUUAGUGUCAACAUGAAAGGUUUUGUGGCUGCCAUAGUGGCAGUAUGGAGCACUUCCUUGCAGCAGUAUUAUGUACAUCAUCUCCAACGAAAAUAUUCUCUUGGAUCCUUCAACUUAUUGGGUCAUACCGCUCCAGUGCAGGCUGCUUCUUUGCUGUUAGUUGGCCCCUUUUCAGACUACUGGUUGACUGGAAAGAGAGUUGAUGCCUACGGAUAUACUUUUAUGUCAUUGACGUUCUUGAUCCUUUCAUGUACCAUUGCAGUAGGGACAAAUCUCAGCCAGUUCAUAUGCAUUGGUAGGUUCACUGCUGUGACAUUCCAAGUGCUCGGCCAUAUGAAGACCAUUUUAGUCUUGACGCUAGGAUUCAUUUUCUUUGGGAAGGAGGGCCUCAACUUACAAGUAAUUAUAGGUAUGGCCAUUGCAAUUCUAGGAAUGAUCUGGUAUGGCAAUGCCUCAUCGAAGCCAGGAGGGAAGGAGCGUCGUAGUUUUUCCUCAACGAGCAGCAAGUCAUUAAAGCAUACUGGAUCAGAAUCUUCCGACCCUGAUGAAAAGGGCUUAGCCAGCAGUUGCUUCUUUCUAGGAACUUCUCUUUCUAGGAACCACUGACAAGACUUGAUGGCUUAUCGUACGGAAAAAACGUGAGCUCCCCUCGUUCUACAUUAGAACAUCCCACUUGCUAAUAAGAUGGUUUAGUAUGAAAGAAAUUUUCUUUCGAGCCCUCGAAGUCGGUUCCAAAUGUGGAUGAUGUCCAUCUUACAAAAAUAUUAGCCAUAGUUACAUCUCAAAUAUGAACUGAAACACAGAUAAACUUCUCUGUGGUUAAUCCUCAAUGUUCUGUGCUCGUGACAACACCUUUUCCAUUGCCAUGCGGGUCUUAUUGGAAAAAGUUGAAGCUUGAUCUUUGUGCGAGGAUGGGGCAUCUGUGUGGGACAAAUAUCAGUAAGAGGUGUCCUUUCUGUCACCUCUGUUGGAUUAGCUUGAUCAAUUGAACUCUGUAAAUUAUUCGAGUUAUCUGCAUUAGGUCAAAAGCUUGUUAACAAUAGUAUCGUAAAAUAAAUAAGGAAAAUAACUGUGAAAUUAGUUCUUUUUCACAGUCGGACAGUCCACACAGUUGUUCCAUGAUGAUGCAGGAACAUCAUCUUAAGACAGAAAAGGUUCCCCAGAAAAGUGGCAAAAAACUUGGGAGAAAUAAUUUGUAUUGAGCAAACAAUAUGAAAUAAAAGGAUUUGGUCAUCGAACCUUCAAUGUGUGCAUUGUCGAGAGCUGUUAUCUCGUGA